GACAUUUUGACAAAGUACCAUUAUUGUGUUCUUCCCAAGUUCGAAGUGCGCAGUUCGCCUCCUGCCUACCUCGUCUUCGGCUCCUCGCAUUCGCGCAGUCAUCCGUCCGUCAGCAGAGCGGUUUCUCUUCUUCCUAUAUUUUUCAUCGGCCGGCGUUGUCUCCUACAGCUGCGAAGAGCCACUUUUACCGCCGACUGCUACCAACGCUUCUUUGAUCUAAAAUUUGUGUCGAAGAAGAAAAUUCGAUGGUUUCUCUGUUCUCCUUAAAUCCUAUCCGAGUCGAUGGAUGCUGCUCCGUUAAAUACCAGGAUGCAUUUAAGCAUUCUUCAGGUAAGAAGCUACGUGUUAGAGCUUCUGUUGCUACAUCAAUGCCGCAAAGCUUACACAAUAAGGCUGAAAAGUUGGAGAAGUACAGGAUUGGUGUGCUUGGCGCCAGUGGAUACACUGGCUCUGAGAUAAUCAGGUUGCUUGUGAAUCAUCCAAACCUUCAAAUAAACCUGAUGACAGCAGAUAGGAAAGCUGGACAAUCGAUUGGGUCGGUGUUUCCUCAUUUGGUAAAGCAAGACUUGCCAAAUUUAGUUGCUGUAAUGGAUGCAGAUUUUUCCACAGUGGAUGCUGUGUUCUGUUGUUUGCCACAUGCAACAACUCAGGAAAUUAUCAAGGGACUUCCAAGUAGUUUGAAGAUAGUUGAUCUAUCUGCGGACUUUCGGCUUCAAGACGUAAAUGAAUAUGAGGAAUGGUAUGGUCAACCUCACAAGGCACCUGAAUUGCAGAAAGAAGCCGUAUAUGGCUUGACGGAGAUAUAUAGACCCGAGAUCCAAGCUGCGCGCCUAGUAGCCAAUCCGGGGUGUUAUCCAACCUCUGUUCAGCUUCCAUUAAUUCCCUUGAUAAAGGCUAAUCUCAUUGAAGUUGAGAACAUCAUUAUUGAUUCCAAAUCGGGUGUAAGUGGAGCAGGACGUGGAGCCAAGGAGGCGAAUCUGUACACAGAAAUAGCAGAAGGAAUACAUUCUUAUGGUGUAACUAAGCAUCGUCAUGUGCCGGAAAUCGAGCAGGGGUUAUCGGAGGCUGCAAAAGCAAAAGUAACUGUCAGCUUCACCCCACACUUAAUGCCAAUGAGCCGUGGAAUGCAAUCAACUAUAUAUGUGCAGAUGGCUUCAGGAACAACUACCAAAGAUCUAUAUCAACAUUUACAGAAAGUUUUUGAGCAUGAAGAAUUCGUUGUUUUGUUACAAAGUAACGAAGUUCCCCACACCCGGCAUGUGAGGGGGUCCAAUUACUGCUUGAUAAACGUGUUCCCUGACCGCAUUCCCGGAAGAGCAAUAAUUAUCAGUGUUAUCGAUAAUUUGGUCAAAGGUGCUUCUGGUCAAGCCCUUCAAAACCUCAACUUGAUGAUGGGAAUUCCAGAGAAAACUGGGCUCCUUUCAGCUCCCCUUUUCCCCUAAUAUAUAUAUAUAUAUAUGUGGGUUGAAUUUUAUCUUCAGAAGGGAAACAGCCAAACGCUACCGAAAACUUUUCAGCUUAUAUGGUGUAAUUUAUAUAAGCUAUAGUUAGCUGGCCACGAAUCUUGAAUUACAAUAAUGUUUUCUAGGCUAUCUUAUGUUAAUAUACGUUUUCUCGUCAUAGAUCAUGUUUCUUCUUGUUGUAGACUCCGGAAGCUUUCGUAUAAAUUUAUUUGGUGUUCAUUCGACUAAUAAUAGUCGUAAUUGAGAAUUGUUGCAACAGGAAUGGAAGAA